CUCCCUACCCUGUCAGCGUGCUCGCCUGCCCGCCCGCCCGCCCGCCGGCCCAUGGCGGUGCAGGCGCUGCAGAGCUCGGGCGUGGGCCUGCGCAGGAUUCUGGCUCACUUCCCCGAGGACCUGAGCCUGGCCUUCGCCUACGGCUCGGCGGUGUACCGCCAGGCGGGACCCAGUGCACACCAGGAGAACCCCAUGCUAGACUUAGUGUUCACAGUAGAUGACCCUGUCGCCUGGCACACCAAAAACCUGAAGAAGAAUUGGGGCCACUACUCCUUCCUCAAACUCUUGGGGCCCAGGAUCAUCUCCUCUGUGCAGAAUAACUAUGGUGCCGGAGUCUACUUCAACCCACUGAUCAUGUGUGAUGGGAAGCUUAUCAAAUACGGGGUCAUCUCCACUGGUACCCUAAUUGACGACCUCCUGAACUGGAAUAGUCUGUACAUCGCCGGACGCCUCCAAAAGCCGGUGAAGAUUGUAUCGAUGAACGAGAACAUGGUUCUUAGAUCAGCCCUGGAUAAGAACCUGAAGAGCGCGGUGACCGCCGCCUGCCUCAUGCUCCCUGAAAGCUUCUCCGAGGAAGACCUCUUCAUAGAGAUUGCUGGGCUCUCCUACUCAGGUGACUUUCGCAUGGUGAUUGGCGAGGAAAAAGCAAAAGUCUUGAACAUCGUGAAGCCCAACGUGGCCCACUUCCGAGAGCUCUAUGAGAACAUACUCCAGGAGGACCCCCAGGUGGUCUAUAAAAUGCAGCAAGGCCGACUAGAGAUAGAUAAAAGCCCAGAAGGACAGUUCACUCAGCUAAUGACAUUGCCCAGAACCUUACAGCAGCAAAUCAAUCACAUCAUGGACCCUCCUGGGAGAAACAGGGAUGUGGAAGAGACCUUACUGCAAGUGGCUCAAGACCCUGACUGUGGUGACGUGGUGCGGCUAGGGGUCUCGUCAAUCGUCAGGCCUUCGAGCAUCAGGCAGAGCACCAAAGGCAUUUUUACUGCCGGUGUGAAGAAGUCCGUGAUUUAUAGUUCCCGGAAACUGAACAAAAUGUGGAAAGGCUGGUUGAGGAAAACACCCUGACUUGCUGUGUUUGUGUUGUGUAUAGAUUAUGAAUAAAUGCUCUGUGCUUUUUGA